GAAACUCCGCCUCUGACUGUCGGCGAAGAUAAUCAGUGUGUAAGUGAGGAUCCGUGUCCGAGAUGAGCCUUCAGCCAGGGGGUUAGAAAGCGAGCGUGAGACAGCUAAGCGAUCCCUGAGUGAGAGGCACAGGCAGAGGCAGAGGCAGAGGCAGGCCGGUCACAGCUCGAGCCGCGAGCCGGGAGAGGCGAUGAUGGCGGCGGCCAUAGAGAGAGGAGGGGUCCGGGCCGCCUUCAUGAAUCCAGGCACGGGAGGCGUCGGUGGCGGUGUCGGUGGUCUCGCACCGGGGGUCGGGCUCGCUGCUCCCGGAGUCAUGCCCGGAGCUGGAGCUGCAGCCUCGGGCUCUUCGGGUCCCGUUCCUGUUCCUAUGAACCUUUUUGCGACGUGGGAGAUCGACCGAUCCUCUCCGAGCUGCGUCCCGAGGCUGUGCAGCCUCACACUGAAGAAGCUGAUUGUUUUGAAGGAGCUGGACCGGGAACUCAACUCUGUGGUCAUUGCUGUCAAGAUUCAGGGGUCCAAACGUAUCUUGAGGUCCAAUGAGUACAUGCUCCCUCCAAGUGGCCUGAUGGAGACAGACCUGGAGCUCACAUUUUCCCUACAGUAUCCCCACUUCCUGAAGAGAGAUGCUAACCGCUUGCAGAUCAUGCUCCAGAGGAGAAAGCGCUAUAAGAAUCGGACUAUCCUGGGCUACAAGACCCUUGCUGUGGGCGUUAUCAAUAUGGCAGAGGUGAUGCAGCACCCGACAGACGGAGGACAGAUUCUGGGUCUCCAUAGCAACGUAAAGGAAGCCCCUGUACGUGCGGCAGAGUUAAGUGUGUAUUCUCUGUCGAGUCAGCCCAUUGACCCUGAGGACGGCAGCGGACAGCCAGGGGCAAAGGUGAAAGCUUCAGAUCGAUCUCCAGAUUUGGAUAACUAUUCCGAAGAUGACGACGACAGCUACUCGUCAGAGCAGGAGGCCAGUGAUGAUGCUGUUCAGGGCCAAGACCUGUAUGAUGAGGAUGACGAUGUCCAGCGAAAGCCAAAGAAAACACGACGGAAAAUGAUCCGAACUACCUCUAUAACUCGGCAACCUAAUUUCAAGCAGAAGUUUGUUGCCCUUCUGAAGAGGUUCAAAGUUUCAGAUGAGGUUCUGGACUCAGACCCAGUGGAUCAGACCCAGGAAGUGGAGGAGGAUCUGGACCUGCUGUAUGACAGCUUGGAGGUGUAUAACCAGAGCGACAGUGGUCCGGAGAUGGAGGACAACGACAGCGUACUCAGCACCCCUAAACCUAAGCUCAAGCCAUUCUUCGAGGGCAUGUCUCACUCUAGCUCUCAAACCGAAAUCGGGAGUUUGCACAGUCAGAAGAGUCAGCCGAGAGAACAGUCUGCUGCUGGUGGAGACCUGCUGGCAGUGGAGAAGGACAGAGCAGCAGCUGGGCGGUACCAGGAUGAGACGUCUGCAGUGGACACUAUGACGGGGGAGGCGGCUGAGGAGGACGCGGGAGUGGGAGGAGCGCCAAGCCAACAUGAUGCCAACCUGAGCUGGGACAUGAGCGUGGAGAAACUGGCCAGCUCAGUGGGCAAAAUCUGCAAGACCGAGUCUCAGAAUAUGAUGUCUCCUAGUAAAACGGACAGCAAGCUGCAGAGACGACCGCGCAGCACCUCUAUGAAGGACAGACAGAGCUCGAAAGCUCAGAGCGACCGAACCAGUAGCAUCGACAGUGAAACCUCACCUGACUCCAGACUCACUGUGCAGGUUCCCAGAAAGUCAGUGUAUGACCAGCUCAAUCAGAUCCUCAACUCAGAUGAGCAGCUGCCGGAGAGCAUCAUCCUCAUCAACACUACCGACUGGCAGGGCCAGUAUCUGAAUGAGAUCCUCCAUGAGCACAAGCAGCCCAUCGUCUCAACCAUCUCUGCUGCUGAUGUGCAGGCGGCUUUCAACACCAUCGUCACCAGGAUCCAGAGAUUCUGUAACUGCAACGCACAGACGCCGCCCACCAUUAAAGUGGCCGUGGCGGGAGACCAGAGUUACCUGAGCACUGUGCUGAGGUGCUUUGUGGAGCAGCUCGCUAACAAGACCCCUGACUGGCUGAGCUACAUCCGCUUCCUGGUCAUUCCUGUCGGUUGCCACCCUGUGGCGAAGUACAUCUCAUCUUUCGAUAAUAAGUUCAGCAGCAUUUUCUUGGACGCUGGCUGGAGAGAUGUGUUCGGGAGGUUAGAGGCCCCAACAUCAGACAACAUUGAUGUGGCCGGCCGAGUGUCUCAGUAUCUGGCAGGAGCAAACAUGUCCCAUCACUUCCCCAUCUCUGAGGCCAUGCUCACCUACAAACAGAAAAGGAAAAGAAGUUUGUAUUUUGAUUUUUACAUCAGCCCUGAUGAGGACUCGUGCCAGAAGUUUGUGCCAUUCAUUGGGUUGGUGAAAGUAGGCAUUGUUGAGCACAACCUGUCCACGUCAGUGGAUUCUGAUGAUGCCAAUGUGAUGGGCAGUAUGAACAUGCUGUCUUCACCUCCAGCCCAGACUGGGGCACCAUAUGGGAAAGACAUGACCUGCACUCCUCCCUCCUCUCCCUCUGUCUCGGCUAGUCUGUCUGGAGCAGGUUCUCCAGGCUCAGGUGGAGAAGUGAUGGGACUGCAGGUGGAUUACUGGACGUGUCAGGGUGCAGAGAAGAAGAAGGAUGGAGAGAAAAGAGAUGUGGUGAUGAAGAACACUCUGAAGAGCAACUUCCGCUCCCUGCAGGUCUCACGCAUCCCCAGCGGAGGAGAGCUCACUCCACCUCACGGCAUGGCCAUGACCGUCGUCAUGAAAGAGAAAAAUAAGAAAGUGAUUUUCCUCAGCAAGAAGCCGAAGGAAAAGGACGUGGACUCCAAGAGCCAGGUGAUCGAUGGCAUUAGUAGGCUGAUCUGCACAGCCAAACACCAACACACCAUGCUGAGAGUCUCCAUUGAUGGUGUGGAGUGGCAUGAUGUGAAGUUUUUCCAGCUGGCCGCGCAGUGGCCCACCCAUGUAAAGCACUUCCCCGUGGGAAUCUUCGGCUACACCAAGGCCCUGUGAUGAGCCCGUGAUGCUCUGGAACUUUCUCUGGCGCACACCUCAUGAAGCAAGGGAGAGACUGCCUGAGGAAAAAGGGAGACUGAAAAAAAAAAAAAAACCCUGAAAUGUGGAUUUUCCUGUGGAAACGCUCUGUGUCCCAAACUACAUGGAUGUUGCUGUUAUUAAUGUUCUGUUCUGUUCUUGGCUGUUGCACCAGCAAAAGGAAGAAGGUUUGUUUGUAAAAAAAAAUAUAUAUAUAUAUAAAUAUAUAUGCUGCCAUUUUUGUAUACAUAUUGUGGUUAGAAUUUUGUAGCCACCACGUAAUGGCAGCUUGGUUUUGCACUUUGUUUGGUUAGCAUUUUUAUUAUUUCAAUGAAAUCCUGUGGUCAUAUUUGUUCUGUGUACAAGGUGGUGUGUGUGAUGGUGGUGGUGCUGCAGAAGUGAGGGUGAUUGUACUGAAAAUAGGGGGAUUGGUGGGGGUGGGGUGGGUUGGGAUCAGGUUUGCUCUUCAGAGUGAUUCAGACCUUGCUGUGAAAUUUAAAGAGCUCUUCUUUUUUAAACAGCUCUUCCUUUCAAGAUUGUAGGUUGAAGUUGAGAGAAAGGACUCGCACCCAUUCAAGAAAUACCCUGGUGUUUUACAACCUGAGCUGUAUUUGCCAGAUAUGUAGCAUAUGUCUGAUUACAACACACAAGUCCGUCAACAUAUUUUCCUGUACUGAGAAAAUUACUUAAAACUAAUUUACUUGAAAAUCAUGUGGUUAUAUUACAGAAAUGCAAAACUUUACAAACUUUACAUUCUAACUAUAAAGAUCUCUGAGACAGACAUGAGCAAAUGUCUUCUAUCAACCAUUUUUAGCUGAUUGUUUUACCUGGUUUUUAACACUGGAGCAAUACAGUAAACAUUCAUUUAAGUUACUCACACAUUCCCAGAGGUUUUUGUGUGAACAACGUAUGGCGCCCAUACAUUCACACUAGAAAGCAACAAGCCUGACAAGUGCACUGUCCAUCUUUUUUUAGUACCAUUGAGAAACAGUAGUAGCUCUAUGUAGCUUCUAAGUCUAAUUAAACGCAACUUAAAUAACACACUGAUCAGUGUAAAAAUAGUUUAUUUCAUUUAUAAUUUAUGUGCUAGGAUUUGUCCUAGUUUCCUUGACAGAUUGGCAAAACAAGCCAACCUCUCUGCUACUUCCUUCCAAGCUUUAUUUUUGUUCACGUUUCUAUACACGCUUAAUGACAGGUCAUCUAUGACAGAAGAAGAUUAAAUCAUGUUUAUAAAUUUUUCUUCCAUUUUUCAGCAUUAAACAAUAAAAGGGAACUAAUGCAAGUAGGAACUAAAGUUGUAAGUAGGGAACUAAAGAAAUGUCAGACCACACGCACCACGAGAAUCAAUUUAUUUUUUCGCUAUACCACAUUAUGCUAUUGCUAUUAAUGUUCGAUGAAAUUGCGGCCCAUACAUAGAAAAUGAAUGGUCACCUGUCGCUUGCUAGUUUGAGCACAGAGUAAUGCACAUCAACAAAUUCUUCCCUCUGAAAAUGUAGUCCCCUCUCUGAAAUCUGAUUUAGAACUGAAUUGACUUCACUAAUACCCUCAACUAAAGAAUUAAUGAAAGUGUUCUACGACUACUGCCUCACCAGCUGCCUUUAGACUAACAUUAUAAGUGAGUUCCAAGUAAACGGUUUUAGUUAUUUUUCUCAGUACAGGGAAAUGUGUUCAAAUUAUUGUCUGUAGUAAUAGCACAUACACUACAGUACAGUAGAUAAGGAUUAGAUUGAAAAACGCUGGGGUAUUCAUUUAAGGCAGUGCUUAGCAGGUAGUUUGCCUGGUUUGACUCUAAAGCACAGUGAUCUGAAAGCGAAAAAAAGGAAAACUAUGAAAUAGAUGCUGCUCUCACCCUGUCUGAGCUUUUAACUAAAGGAGGGAAACUCAGUUUGGUGCAAAUUUAAAGGGAGAUUCGAAUUUGGCUCGUGACUGCGAUAUAGAUACCUCAGUUUGAGGAAUGUUUCAAUACGGAUCUUCACUCAGACCAAAAACUGUCGCACCCUCCAAACCCAUCGCAUUAUAAAAAUGUGCCCUUUAAGUGUGUUACUGAUGCGUAGGCCAGACUCCAGAGACGUCUCCGAUUUAUGACAGCAAAAAUAUUCGGAUACAUGAUAUUAUGCUUGGAUUAAAUUAAUGAACUAUGGAAGUGCACUAGGGCUUUAUUGUGUGUACUUGCUAGAGUGAUAUUGUGUACACAGGGUCAGUUGUGUCAGCUGUUGACUGCCAUUAAAGGGCUUGCGCUAAAAGACAACGAGUUGAGAGCAAGGUGCUCCAUCUUUUUACAGUAGAGCUGUGUUUUUGUAUAUCCAUUCUCUCAAUAAUCCCUUUACACAUCUGUAUGUGUAUAUAUAUAUAUAUAUAUAUAUGUGUGUGUGUGUGUGUGUGUGAUUAAAGAUAAUGAAGAUGAACAGAAAGUGAAUUUGGAGAGUGGCGAAAUGGUUAGCAAGUUUUAAAAGGGUUCAUUUGUAGCGCUGUGUGUGUGUAUGUGUGUGUUACUGCACAUGUGUGUUUGAAGGGGGCAGAACCAGGAGAAGGCCUUCAGCAUGGUUUGAGGAGAAUUUGAGGCUGAGGGCAUUUCUGUAAGCAUUGCAGUGUUAUUCUAUAUUUUUUUUUUAUAUAUAAACCAAGUUGAGACUGGUACACUGUUACAUAUAGAGGGGUUGUGUGUAGUCUCAUUGUCAAUUGUACAAAAAUGUUCAUAUUUUGUCAUAGCUCUACAGUGCAUUUCAUUGGACAGCUUGGCUUCGUUUGUAUGCAGUUGCGAGUCUGAAUUUUGUUCAUCAGACGUUUGGACUUUUAGAAGUUCUGUUAUGAAGCACUACAAUGAUGUAAACUUGCCCUCCUUUACAGCCAAGAGUGAUCGGUAAAAACACUAAUAUGCGGCCAGUCUGUUCGUCGAGAUAAAGAUCUGCAGACAUAUUUUGCACAAAUGUCAUUUUAAGUUAUAUGACAGUAUUCCUUUGCGGUAUACCACUGAGGCAAGCUUUGCUCCUUAUGUUCCCGUUCCAUAUGUGAACGUGUGUAUUUUUGUUUCGUUUUGUUUUUACUCUGUUCAGUUGUCUUAAAAACUGUUGUGAAUACAGAAACGAUUUUAACCUUGCCUGCAUUAUUUUUAACUGUUAUUGUUAUUAACAUGUUGUUUUGUAUUACCCUUUUAAAGGAGUUGACCUCUUUUAUAGGAUAUUUUGUGUUCAAUUAAGGUUUUGAUGCAUUUCACAUGUAACUGAAUACAGGAAAAAAUGAACCAGUGUGUUCUGUUUUAUGAGUGCACAGACAAAUACUUUUGUUUUGCUUUUUUCUGUAUUUGAUAAAGACAUAACAUUGUGUAAAUUGAUGAAAUAAACGCUAAAGAUAUAA